CCUGCCACUCGCAGUCCGGACUGGCAGAGGUUGGGGACUGCCUGGCGUUGCACCGACUAGGAGCCACAGGUUGCAGACGCAGGGAGCCCUGCCCAUGACAGUGGUUCUGUGAGGCUCCGGGUGCGCGGUGGCUGCUGGUGGGUCCCGGAGCUCGGGAAGAUCGGAGCGGCCCUGAAACCAGACACCAGCGCCCUCGCUGUGGCUGUUCCUCCGGCUGGCCUGCCAAGACCAUCACUAUGACUGAUGGAGAUUAUGAUUAUCUGAUUAAACUCCUGGCCCUUGGAGACUCAGGAGUAGGGAAGACCACGUUUCUUUACAGAUACACAGACAAUAAAUUCAAUCCCAAAUUCAUCACUACGGUGGGAAUAGAUUUUCGGGAAAAACGUGUGGUUUACAACACACAGGGAGCAGAUGGAUCUUCAGGGAAAGCGUUUAAGGUGCACCUGCAGCUUUGGGACACUGCUGGACAAGAGCGGUUCCGGAGUCUCACCACUGCCUUUUUCAGAGAUGCCAUGGGCUUCCUGCUAAUGUUUGACCUCACCAGUCAACAGAGCUUUCUGAAUGUCAGGAACUGGAUGAGCCAACUACAAGCAAAUGCUUACUGUGAAAACCCAGAUAUAGUAUUAAUCGGCAACAAGGCAGAUCUACCAGACCAAAGGGAAGUCAACGAACGGCAAGCCCGGGAGCUGGCUGAAAAAUAUGGCAUACCAUACUUUGAAACAAGCGCAGCAACAGGACAGAAUGUAGAGAAGUCUGUGGAAACCCUUCUGGACUUAAUAAUGAAGAGGAUGGAACAAUGUGUAGAGAAGACACAGGUCCCGGACACUGUCAACGGUGGAAGUUCUGGAAAGCUGGAUGGAGAGAAGCCAUCGGAAAAGAAAUGUGCCUGCUAGGGACACUGCUAGGAACCUGUGAUGAAGAGUGUGCCCAAGUAGUACAUCCUGAAGUAAUGCAGACCACAAAGUUGUUGUUGAGUAGACCAUGAGCAAUGGCAUGUCUUUCUCUUCCUGCCCCAAUCUAUUUUAAUAACCCAGAAUAAUCACUAGUAUUUAAAGAGCCGUACUGUCCACCCGAGUCCCUUCCAAACAAAAGUGAAAAAUUUCCUAAGGUGGUCUCACCAUCAUGAAUGAUUGCUUUUUUUUUUUUUUUUUUUUUUUUUUUUUUUUUUUUUUUGG